AUGGUGGGGCUUCUGGCAUGGCCUACUCUUAGCUGGGCAUCCGGGAGACCGGAAACGUCGAACUUCUUCUCAGCUUGGGAGACCCUGCUGGAGGAUAAACCUCCGCUGUAUACUUCGACACCCAGAGUCUUUGGUCUUGAUCCCGAGCUAUGGGGUGUAAAUGUACAAUCGUUGUCUGGAUGUCCAGCCAACUUUGCUGUCUAUACAGCGCUUGCAGAGCCGAAUGGACGAAUUAUGGGACUUGAUCUUCCCGAUGGUGGCCAUCUUUCUCAUGGAUUCUUCACUCCAGCUAAGAAAGUCUCUGCCACUUCCAUGUUCUUCCAAUCUAUGCCGUAUAAGGUGGUCUUUUGCUGUUCUAUUUCAUAUUCCCUAAAGAUUUUGUAUUUCUAUAUCAUGAGGUCUAUUGAUUCCAGGUUGACCCAAAAAGUGGUUUAA